UGUGUCUCUCCAUCUAAACCAAAAAAAUCCCCAAAUCUCAAAUCCUCCUCCGUCUCCAAGCUCUCGUCGUCGUCGUCAGACAUGUCGGGCCGUGGCAAGGGAGGCAAGGGGCUGGGCAAGGGAGGCGCGAAGAGGCACAGGAAGGUGCUGCGCGACAACAUCCAGGGGAUCACGAAGCCCGCGAUCCGGAGGCUGGCGAGGAGGGGCGGCGUGAAGCGCAUCUCCGGGCUGAUCUACGAGGAGACCCGCGGCGUGCUCAAGAUCUUCCUCGAGAACGUCAUCCGCGACGCCGUCACCUACACCGAGCACGCCCGCCGCAAGACCGUCACCGCCAUGGACGUCGUCUACGCGCUCAAGCGCCAGGGCCGCACCCUCUACGGCUUCGGCGGCUGAUUCCUUCCUUCCUUCCUUCCUGGUGGCGUGCGGGUGGUGGUGGUGGUGUAGGAGCUAGGGUUUCGAUGGGAUUCGGGGGGAAUUUCUGCUUUGUGUUGGCUUCUGUGUAGCGACUCUUCUGUUUAAAUGAAUUCGAUGAAUCUGAACUGAAGAUUUGGUUCCCCUGUGAUUCCGUCAUUUUA